ACAACACCCAGAGUUUGGAAGAUGUUGAACGUUGUACCCCUGUUUUUCAGCAUGCAUUACCCAAAUGAAUGUGUGUCAUUAUAUAACAUGUAAAGCUGUUGUACUGGUCAUUCUUAUUGGUUGCUUGUGUGCAGUUUUAGCACAGUAAAUAUAUCUGGCCCCCCUAUCAACUAAGAUGCAGGACCCUGCCAAUAAAACCAGCCAAUGGUUUUGCAGAAGGAUGUCACUUGAAUGACGAAUCGGGCGUGUGCAUCACGUAUAUGAAGGCUGGACCCUGCAUUAAACCAUGCAUUAAACCACUGAGGGUCUCGAGGCAUCCUAACGUCAUCAGAUAGGCUACAGUAGAAUUUCAUGUGCUAAGUGCAGAAAGGACACGAUAGAUCACAAUGAGUUCAUCUAAAGCAUAUAUGAAUGGCCAUGCCCACCUGGAAGAAUCAGACAUGUACGAGUCGGAUGGGAAGCUGUUCCUUACUGAGGCUUUCAAAGUUAUUAUGGAGGAGAUACUUAACAAAGGAACUGACUUGAAGGAGAAGGUGUGUGAGUGGAAAGAUCCAGAUCAAUUGAGAGCUCUUCUGGACCUCGAACUCAGGGAAAAUGGAGAAUCUCACAAGCAGUUAUUGCAGAGGGUCCGAGAUGUGGCGAGAUACAGCGUUAAAACCUGUCAUCCUCUGUUCUUCAAUCAGCUGUUUGCUGGGGUGGACUACCAUGCAUUGACAGGACGGCUCCUCACUGAAACCCUCAACACCAGCCAAUACACCUAUGAAGUGGCUCCGGUGUUCGUCCUGAUGGAGGAGGAAGUGCUCUGUAAGCUCCGCUCUCUGAUUGGCUGGUCAGAAGGAGAUGGGAUAUUUUGUCCCGGAGGUUCCAUUUCUAACAUGUAUGCCAUGAACGUCGCACGGUACUGGGCCUUCCCUCAAGUGAAGACCAAAGGCUUGUGGGCCACACCACGGAUGGCUGUAUUUACAUCACGACAGAGUCAUUACUCAAUGAAAAAAGCAGCUGCUUUUCUUGGUAUAGGAACGGAAAAUGUUUUCAUUGUAAAAGUGGACGAGAGUGGCAGCAUGAUACCAGAGGACCUGGAGGCUAAAAUCGUGCAGGCAAAAUCACAAGAUGCUGUUCCAUUUUUUGUUAAUGCCACAGCGGGUACCACAGUGCAGGGCGCCUUUGAUCCUUUGAACCGCAUUGCUGACAUAAGUGAAAGAAACGGCAUGUGGAUGCACGUUGACGCCGCUUGGGGAGGAAGCGUGUUGUUUUCCAAAAAACACAGACAUCUGGUUGCAGGACUAGAAAGAGCAAAUUCCGUGACUUGGAACCCUCACAAAAUGCUUCUAGCGGGCCUGCAGUGCUCUGCGAUUUUGUUCAGAGAUACCACGGAUUUACUAAUGCACUGUCACAGCGCAAAAGCAACCUACUUGUUCCAGCAAGACAAGUUCUACGAUACAAGUUUAGACACAGGAGACAAGUCCAUCCAGUGUGGCCGUAAGGUGGAUUGUUUGAAGCUCUGGUUGAUGUGGAAGGCAAUAGGAACGCACGGUCUUUCAGAGCGAGUGGAUAAGGCCUUUGCCCUUGCAAGGUAUUUAGUUGAAGAAAUGGAGAAAAGGGACCAUUUCCAGCUGGUCUGUAAGGGGCAUUUUGUGAACGUUUGCUUUUGGUUCAUUCCACCCAGUCUAAGAGGGAAGGAGAACAGUGUGGAUUACCAGGAAAGGCUAUCAAAGGUGGCGCCAGUCAUCAAAGAGAGAAUGAUGAAGUGUGGAACAAUGAUGGUGGGAUACCAGCCCAUGGACGAACACGUCAACUUCUUCCGUAUGGUUGUUCUUUCACCUCAGCUGACCACCAAGGACAUGGAUUUCUUCCUCGAUGAGAUGGAGAAACUAGGGAAGGACCUGUAAUUAGUUUGAAUAUGAAUGGUGUACCAUUAUCCCCUCUCAUCCUGUCACUUUUCAAUUUGCGAUUAUCUAAUGGUUGCUAAAACUCAUUUUGACUUCUAAAUAGUGCAUAAUACUGACUUCAUUGACAAAGCAUGCAAAAAUGUUUGCAUCUACAGAGGUCAUAAAGUGAAUGAAUCUCAUAGAUUCUGGCCCACAUACACUACCAUGUAACACUACACUAAGUUUGGAAUAAUAAGUUCUAAUUAAUACAUU